CACGUGGCCCGGCCGGCUGGGCGAGGGGAAGCAGACCGGCGGGCCAUGGCAGGCUCCACGCUCAGGUUUUCGCUGCUGCUGGCGGCAGCGUUCGCUGGGCGGGCGACGGCCCUGUGGCCAUGGCCCCAGUACAUUCAGACCUCUGAGCUGCGGUACACCAUCUUCCCGCACAGCUUCCAAUUCCAGUACCAUCUCAGUUCGGCCGCGCAGGUGGGCUGCUCCGUCCUCGACGAGGCCUUCCAACGCUACCGUGACCUGCUCUUCGGUUCUGCGGCUUUCCGUUUUCCCCACCCCAUAGAAAAACGGCAUACAUCAGAGAAGAAUUCAUUGGUGGUCCUUGUCGUCACUCCUGGAUGUGACCAGUUUCCGUCUUUGGGGUCUGUAGAGAACUACACACUGACCAUAAAUGAUGAGCAGUGUCUCCUCCUCUCCGAGACUGUCUGGGGCGCCCUGCGAGGUCUGGAGACAUUUAGCCAGCUUAUUUGGAGAUCUCCUGAGGGCACGUUCUAUGUCAACAAGACGGAUAUUGAGGACUUCCCGCGCUUCCCUCACCGGGGCUUGUUGCUGGAUACAUCUCGCCAUUACCUGCCACUGUCUAGCAUCCUGGACACUCUGGAUGUCAUGGCAUACAAUAAAUUCAACGUUUUCCACUGGCAUCUGGUCGAUGACUCUUCUUUCCCGUAUGAGAGCUUCACUUUUCCAGACCUCACCAAAAAGGGGUCCUACAACCCUGCUACCCACAUCUACACAGCGCAGGAUGUGAAGGAGGUGAUUGAAUAUGCGCGGCUUCGGGGUAUCCGGGUGCUGGCAGAGUUUGACACUCCUGGCCACACUCUGUCCUGGGGGCCAGGUGUCCCUGGAUUACUAACUCCUUGCUACUCUGGGUCUCACCCCUCUGGCACCUUUGGGCCAGUGAAUCCGGCUCUCAACAAUACCUACGAGUUCAUGAGCACAUUCUUCUUGGAGAUCAGUACUGUUUUCCCAGACUUUUAUCUGCACCUGGGAGGAGAUGAGGUGGAUUUCACAUGCUGGAAGUCCAACCCAGAUAUCCAGGCCUUUAUGAAGAAGAAAGGCUUUGGCGAUGACUUCAAGAAGCUGGAGUCCUUCUACAUCCAGACGCUACUGGACAUUGUCUCUGCCUAUGGCAAGGGCUACGUGGUGUGGCAGGAGGUGUUUGAUAAUAAAGUAAAGGUUCGGCCAGACACAAUCAUCCAGGUAUGGCGAGAAGAGAUACCAGUAAAAUAUGUGAAGGAGAUGGCACUGGUCACCAGCGCUGGCUUUCGGGCCCUGCUCUCUGCCCCCUGGUACCUGAACCAUAUAACUUAUGGCCCUGACUGGAAGGAGAUCUACCUGGUGGAGCCCCUGGCAUUUGAAGGUAGCCCUGAGCAGAAGGCCCUGGUGAUUGGCGGAGAGGCCUGUAUGUGGGGAGAGUAUGUGGACAGCACAAACCUGGUCCCCAGGCUCUGGCCUAGAGCAGGGGCUGUUGCCGAGAGGCUGUGGAGCAAUAAGAUGGUGUCCAACCUGGACUUUGCCUUUAAACGUCUGGCACACUUCCGCUGUGAGCUGCUGAGGCGUGGUGUCCAGGCCCAGCCCCUCAGCGUAGGCUACUGUGACAUGGAGUUUGAACAAACCUGAGCAAGUAGCCCCCGGCACCAAGGAGGGUCCUGGCCCUAGGAGAGUGGAAGCGGGGCCAGGCUUCCACUGCACCCCGCCCGGGGGAUGGAGCCCCUUGGCCACGUGCCCCUGUGCCUAGAGACAAGGGGGCUGGUGCUGGCGGUGGCGUCCAAUAAAGAGUGAUGUGGCAUUUUUCUGUAACAAACAUGGA